UGACGUAUGCUUCACACAGCGGCUGAGGAGCGUUCACAACAAAGGCGAGAGGCAGAUUUUUUUGUAUUUAGAGUCAACACAGUUUCAUCAGACAACCGCUUAAUUAUUCACCGUCAGAAAGAGAAGAAAAAGACUGCCAUCGUUGUGACAUCUGGGAACCGCAUCAUGUUGGCUGUCUGCAGGCCCACAGGCUGAAGAGGUCUGAGCGGUUGGAAGUGCUGGGAACGGAGAGAUGGGGAACACGGCCACAAAGUUCCGCAAGGCACUGAUCGGUGGAGAUGAGGUUUUGGCUUAUCAGCUGUACGAGGGCAACCCUCAGUUCAAAGAGUCACUAGACCCCAACACCUCAUAUGGGGAACCUUACCAACACAACACCCCGCUCCAUUACGCUGCCAGACAUGCCAUGACACGCAUACUCAGGUCCUUUCUCUUCAGCAAGGAUGGGAACCCUAACAAGCGUAACUUGCACAAUGAGACGGCGCUGCAUGUUUUGUGCAUGGGGCCUCACAUCCUGCUGUCAGAGGGGGCGCUGCAGCCACGCCUGGCCCGGCCCUAUGAAGAUGAGCGCAGGCGGGCUGAGUGCCUACAGAUGAUCCUGAAAUGGACCGGCGCCAAACUGGACCACGGCGAAUACGAAAGUGCGGACAUCUGCGCCAGUGAUAACAAGAAAAACACGCCGCUGCACUAUUCUGCUGCCUCAGGGAUGAAGACGUGUGUGGAGUUUCUGGUGAAGCGUGGUGCAGACCUGUUUGCGGAGAAUGAAAAUAAGGAGACCCCAUGUGACUGUGCAGAGAGGCAACACCAUAAGGAGCUUGCGCUCAAUCUGGAGUCUCAGAUGGUCUUCUCCACCGACCCGCACGCGGAGAAUAUUGAGGCAGAGUACGCAGCCUUAGACCGCAGGGAGUUUUAUGAAGGUUUGCGAGUGCAGGAUCUCAGAAGACUGAAGGACAUGCUGAUAGUAGAGACUGCAGACAUGUUGCAAGCUCCUCUCUUCACUGCUGAAGCUCUCCUCCGGGCUCAUGACUGGGAUAGGGAGAAGCUCCUGGAAGCUUGGAUGUCUAACGCUGAAGACUGCUGCCAGCGCUCUGGCGUUCAAAUGCCAACCCCUCCGCCCAGAGGCUACAACACGUGGGACACCCUACCCUCACCCCGUACACCUCGCACCACCCGAUCAUCCAUCACCUCCCCGGAUGAGAUCAGCCUGACGCCCGCUGAUGACGAUCGCUCCUUGUGCGGGAUUUGUAUGUGUGCAGCAUCUAUGUUCGAAGAGCCUGUUGAUAUUCAAUGCGGUCACGAGUUCUGCAGAGGAUGCUGGGAAAGCUUUUUGAAUCUAAAAAUCCAAGAGGGGGAGGCCCAUAACAUCUUUUGCCCAGCUUAUGACUGCUUCCAGCUGGUUCCUGUUGAGGUCAUUGAGAGCAUCGUGUCCAGAGAGAUGGAUAAACGUUAUCUGCAAUUUGACAUCAAGGCCUUUGUUGAGAAUAAUCCUGCCAUCCGGUGGUGUCCACGGGCCGGCUGUGAUAGAGCGGUGCGUUUGGCCGGACAGGGGCCUGGUGCCAGUACCUCUGACCCGCUUAGCUUCCCUCACCUUCAGGCCCCUGCAGUGGAUUGUGGCAAGGGCCAUCUCUUCUGUUGGGAAUGUCAAGGAGAAGCCCAUGAACCCUGUGACUGCCAAACAUGGAAGAUGUGGCUUCAGAAGGUCACUGAUAUGAAACCAGAAGAACUGGCAGGUGUAAGUGAGGCGUAUGAAGAUGCUGCCAACUGCCUGUGGUUACUCACCAACUCAAAAACCUGUGCCAACUGCAAAUCUCCCAUUCAGAAGAAUGAGGGCUGUAACCACAUGCAAUGUGCCAAGUGUAAGUAUGAUUUCUGCUGGAUCUGUCUGGAGGAGUGGAAGAAACACAGUUCCUCUACAGGAGGAUAUUACCGGUGCACGCGCUAUGAAGUCAUUCAGCAUGUGGAGGAACAGUCCAAGGAGAUGACCGUUGAGGCUGAGAAGAAACACAAAAACUUUCAGGAGCUGGAUCGCUUCAUGCACUAUUACACGCGCUUUAAGAACCACGAGCACAGCUACAAGCUUGAGGAGCGGCUGCUUAAGACGGCCAAAGACAAGAUGGAACAGCUAAGCAAAGUUCUGAGUGGAAGAGAGGGAGGUCCUCCAGACACUACUUUCAUUGAAGAUGCAGUGCAUGAACUACUCAAGACCCGUCGCAUUCUCAAGUGCUCUUACCCUUACGGGUUCUAUCUGGAGCCCAAAAGCACAAAGAAGGAAAUAUAUGAACUUAUGCAGACUGACUUGGAAAUGGUGACUGAAGACCUUGCGCAGAAGGUCAACAGACCGUACCUCCGCACCCCUCGUCAUAAAAUCAUCCGUGCCGCAUGCUUGGUGCAGCAGAAACGGCAGGAGUUUCUGGCGUCUGUGGCGAGAGGCGUGGCACCCAACGACUCACCCGAAGCCCCUCGACGCAGUUUCGCUGGUGGGACAUGGGACUGGGAGUACUUGGGUUUCGCCUCUCCAGAGGAGUAUGCCGAGUUCCAGUACAGACGCAGACACAGGCAACGCCGACGCGGAGACAUGGCCAGUCUGCGCAGCAACACACCCGAUCCCGAUGACCACGGCACUUUAGACACACAGGAAAUCGGCGGUGGUCAGAGACCAGGUUUGCCAAUGCCUCACGGCUCUCUGGAUGAGGAUGACCCGAAUAUUCUCCUGGCCAUCCAGCUGUCCCUGCAGGAGUCCGGUCUGCCGUUGGGCGGUGCUGGUGUUGAAGCUCAAGAGAUAUUGGCCAAUGAGGCGUCUCUAGGGGCAAUUGGAACAUCCCUACCCACGCGGCUGGAUUCGAUGCUGGGCGGUAUAGAUGUGCCCCGCGCUGCGCUGAGCAGCUCUGAGCUGUUGGAGGUGGGUGACAGCUUGAAGAAACUGGGAAAUAUCAGCGGCCAGAACGUUCCCCUGCGUUAUGACAAUCUUAGCAAUUCGACUCGUGAGUCCGCAGAGGGCACCUACCAACCUCUUUCGGGACGCCUGGAGUCUACCGACUUUGGUACAGAGAGUGCCAACCUUCUGGGCAACAUCAUGGCUUGGUUUCAUGACAUGAACCCCCAGAAUAUCAAUUUGGUGCCCUCUGCAACGCAUCAAGAAUACACUGCUUCGGAGUGCACCGAUGCGCAGUGGACAUCAGGGGGCGAUAGAGAGCAAGAGCGCGAGUACGGCGCCACAGAAGAACGUGAGCCAGUCAGGCCGACGCAGCUCGAUCUGGUCGGUCACGAUGUAUCUCCAGUACCUCCUUCGUCUGUCGAGUUAGGGGAAACUCCGAGCGGUUCCAACCCGUGUCACUCCGAUACCCCGAAAUGCGACUCUGACCCUGACCAGCCUAGCAGUAGCUCUUCUGAAUGGGAGGGUCAAGUGCAUCUUGUAUGAAAUGCUGAUCUUUCUUAUACGCUAAGCCACUUUUUGAUGUGAAGUAGUCGCUGGGGUUCAAACUCAAGGCGAGAUUAAUCACAACGAGAAAAGCUUUCAUGUCUAUUGUCAGAUAUGUAGAAACUGAAGCCGAUUGGUCAGUACUCUAACUAGUGUUACAAGCCUCCGAUAAUGUGAGGUUCUUUGCUCACUAAAAACUCUUUCCAAUCAUAAAGUGUGAAACACUCUUGAAGAGUCAGCAACUGAACCAUGUAAGAAAAAAAAAAGAGAGAAGUCCGUGAGGUAAUCUUAAGCAAACAGCCAAUGCCGUAGGGCUUAAUCUGUAAUGAUGAGAAAAUAUCUACUGUAUAGUAAAGUUCCAGUCUUUAUCCGCCUAAAUGUAAGGAUGUAAAAGACACUGUAGGUGCCAAAAACACUGGCUAGCACACCCAGAGUUCACUAACGCCCGGUGGACGGUGUGCCGACUGUGCCUGCUGCUGAAGGGCUCGGUCGCCCUAUCCUUCCUUUAAACUAGACCUGUAGUGUUAAGAGACGCAUACAGAAGAGCAGGGCUGUUCUGUGCUGGCGUUCAUAACAGAAACUAAAAGUACGGUCGGUUUAGUCGCACUCUACUUCUUCAUUUUUUGGGUCAAAUGCAAUCACUGUAAUCCUUCAAUGGUAAAUUCGAAUGGAAAGUAUCGGUGAGGUUCGGCUCAUUUCAGGAGUGCCGCCGCCGCACUGGCUCGGUUUUCUCUUUGCAACUUAUCACAGUGCCUUUUCUGUGAAUCUUCGCUUUAUUUAUAGCCACUCUCUCUUGCGCUCGGCGCCCAGAAUGUGGGAAGUUCAGAUAGACGGCGUUGUAUUAUCAGGUGGCAGUUACGUAAACUGAGCUUAAAUUAAAAAAAAAAAUUUUUUUAUAUAUGUUGAUUUGCCCUUGUUAGCAUGUUUCCCAUCCCGUUCCAGAGAAUCUUUUUAAAGCAGUUAUAAAAAAAACUAAAAGAAUGGAUUAUUGUAUCCAUUUAUAUUGAAUGUGAGGUCAUUUGCAUUGUAUUCAGGAUGAUAUAUCCAGAAAGUGUGCUGAUAACAUUUCAACAACAACAAAUAUUUAAAAUUUAAAUGUAUUGUUCACCUAAAAAAAAAAAAGUUGGCAUUAUUUUUUUUAGCCUCAUUUAACCUUGGAACAAAAAAGAAGUUUAGCAGAAUGCUCCUGAUGUUGUUUCCAUAAAAUGAAAGUGAAUGGUGACCAAGCUUUAAAUGGUGUUACUCCAGCCAAAUAUCAAAAUUACCCAAUGAUGUACUCACCCUCAAGCAAUUCGAGAUACAUGUCCAUCAUCUUUUAGACAAACACAUAUGAAGUUAUUUUAAUGAAUGUCCUUGCUUUUCCAAACGUAUAACAGUAGAAACGGGAAUCAGGGAACAACUUCUAAAAAAAAAGUGCAUCCAUCCUUCACAGAAGCAAUCUACAAGGGGUUAAUUAGAGGUCUUCUGCUGGUAAUCGUUGCGAUUGUGUAAGAAAAAUAUCCAUAUUUUAAACUUUAUAAAAUGUAAUGACUAGCUUCUGUAACAACGCCAUAUUGGACUCAAGCGAUUUACGCGAGAGUUUUAGCAUUGUAAGCACUCCUUCGUCCAUGGGUACGUUGUGCAGUGAACCUUGAGAAUGGCGUUUUUUUGGGCUUCAAAGUCAGAAGUUAAUCCCAUUUUAAGCUUGGAAAAGCAAAGACAUUUACUAAAAUAACUCCAAAUGUGCUCGACUGAAAGAUGAUGGACAUGUGUAUCCCGGAUUGCUCGAGGAUGAGUACAUCAUGGGGUAAUUUUGAUAUUUGGCUGUAGGGUUGCUUUAAUGUUAAUGCUGUCAAAACCAAGCUUCAAAAUAAAUAAAACAUUACAUUUCUGUCUUUAUCUUACAAAAGGCUGUCAUAUGGCUUCAAAAGACUUGAAAUCAUAAGGAUGUGGGAUUACAUUUAUGGUGCUUAUGUUUUUGAGCAUUCCAGCCUCUGGUCACCAUCUGCUUUCAUUAUAGAUAAAAGAGCAACGCGAUGCAUAGAAAAUGUCUUUUUGCUUCAACUUGAGGUUGAGUAAAUAAUGGCUAAAUGUUUCAUUGUUGAGUGAACUGUCACUUUAAAAUGUCAUUACGGCUAAGAAUCCAUAGAUGUGACCAUGCUCAAAUACAUGCAUUUUCUUUUUAGUCACACCCCUUUUGAUUCAUAUAAUCUUUUGAUCGCAUUUAUGUGAUAGUAAGGAGUUGUUGAUGGUACAUUUCUACGGAUUGAGCGAAUAAUUCACAAAUAAUAAUUUUUUAUUUUACUAUUAAAUAUAACUGUGGUAUUUACAAUAAAUUAUGGAUAUGAAUUUUCUAUUUAUUUGAAAUUGAAUGUCCUACUUUAAAAAAAAAUAUAUAAUAAUGAAAGUUGAUGUUUAAAAAACCCAAACUGACAAGAGCAUAACUAUAUUUUGUAUGUAUAAUAUUAAACCUGUAAUAAACACAGUGCCACUUUUGAACAUGUGCUUAUUACUUACAAAUGACUGCUAAAAAGAAUUGUGAAAGCCAUUUAAAUGAAUUAACAAUUUGUACAACUUUUUUAUUUGCUUUAAUUUCCUGCAAGCACCUGGCCAACUUUUCAUCAUAUGAAACUGUCUGUUCAGCUCGUACUGAAUCUUAAGCACUUCAGAAAAAUUGCACAAAACUAGCUCACACUUAAGCCUUGAAAUAACCCACUUUAGUUCAUGCGGGUUUGCUGGUAUUUUGGCACCUCUUGCUGUGGGUUUGAUUUUGCAGGCGCGUGGUGUUUAACUGUGGGCUUGUAUAUUGAAUCUGACCUGCUUUUCUAAUGCAUUGCUGCAUUGCAUUGUGGAAACUUUACAAUGUGCGAAAUGAAGGCAAAGCUUUUUUUUUUUGAAGUGGUAUUUUAAUAAUUAAUUAAUAAUAAUUAGUUACAUUUAUAUAGCGCUUUUCCAGUGCUCAAAGCGCUUUACAUAUGAAUGGGGGAAUCUCCUCAACCACCACCAAUGUGCAGCAUCCACCUGGAUGAUGCGACGGCAGCCAUAUUGCGCCAGAACGCCCACCACACACCAGCUUAUUAGUGGAGAGGAGAUAGAGUGAUAGCCAAUUAGUAUGAGGGAUGAUUAGUAGUGCAAUGGGCAAGUUUGGCCAGGAUGCCGGGGCACACCCCUACUCUUUAUCGAAGGACAUCCUGGGAUUUUUUAAUGACCACAGAGAGUCAGGACCUCGGUUUAACGUCUCAUCCGAAGGACGGUGCUUUUUGACAGUAUAGUGUCCCCGUCACUAUACUGGGAUGGGACCCACACAGACCACAGGGUGAGCACCCCCUGCUGGUCUCACUAACACCUCUACCAGCAGCAACCUGGUUUUCCCAGGUGGUCUCCCAUCCAAGUACUGACCAGGCUCAGCCCUGCUUAGCUUCAGUGGGCAAGCUGUCUUGGGCUACAGGGUGAUAUGGCUGCUGAUUUUGUCAUUCCAGAAGUUUCAUCUGAAUUUAGGAGAUUUCACACAUUUUUUUUGCUGUAUGUAUGUGUCAUCUGAAUCAAUUACAGUAUUUCUUUAGAGUAAUGUGUCAACAGAGGUGCAGGUGAAGCUGAUGUCUGUUUUCAUGAAGCGUAUGGUAGAUUCUCAACAUCUGACCGGAUGUGACAAAUAUAAGUGAAUAAAAAAGUUGUCCUGUAUUUGACGGUAUGCUGUGCAUUCAGUUAUUAUAAUAAACAUAGAUGGUGUGUUCCUGACAAAAGGCAAUUCAAGUGUCAAGGCUAUUGUUUGGGGGGAGGGGGGACGCACUUUUGUAACCAUUACAGAUUUUAUAUUGUUAAGCAUCUAAUCCUUGAAAUGGUAUUUGCACUUUCAUAACCUUUACUUGAUACAUUCCCAGUUUAUAUUGAAAAAACAAAUGUGUGAUGCUUGGCCAAUGAAUUGGACCGAUUUGAGUGUGAAUCUUAAUAAAGUUGUUAAGACAAGU